AUGUCUGGUGAUACUGCUACAAACUGGCGUGAGCUUUUUGCGGCGGGGAUCGACCAGGAAUUGAAAAUUUUUUCACCUGCGGUGAUAGAGGGUUCCUGCGUUGUCAAACCGUCGAAGGAUGUGUUUGAGGAGGGUAUUUUGGAGUGGAAAUUUGCUCUUGUUGGUCAAUUCAUAGGUUCGGCUCUAGCUUUUGGAUCCAUUCAGAGAGUUGUCUCGAUGCUUUGGGGGAAGGCUUCUCCGAUUAAGUGGGAACCUAAUUUGAAGGAGCUUCAGUUUGAUUUGAGCCGAAUGCCGAUUUGGAUUCAUUUGUACAAUGUCCCUCUGGAGCUUUUUUCAAGGAGGGGGCUAAGUUACAUUGCAAGCGCCGUUGGGAGGCCCCUCCAUAUGGACUCUGUUACAGCUGCUCGAGAGAAGCUUGAAUAUACUCGAGUUUGCAUCGAAAUUACUGAUGGAUCUUCUAUUCGGGAUCGUGUUGAUGUGAUUUUGAAUGAUGAAUCAGUUGCUAGCAUUAGAGUCUCAGUUCCAUGGAUGCCUAGUUCUUGCACGGAUUGUGGGCGUUUUGGUCACUUUGUGAAGCUGUGCCCUCGGGGUAAAAAAUCUGAACAGGUAUGGAGGGCCAAGGGGCCUGUCAAUGAUGCUCAACUGAAUGUUCCUUCUACUAGUGGCAAGACCUCAGAUGAUGUUAACAUCAAUAUUAUUGCAUCUGAGGGGCUUAGUUCUGGCAAGGGUAAUAAUCAUGCAAUUAAUGAUAUUUUGCCAAGUACUCAGGUGGGAGCUAUCGGGUGUCUUGCUACUGUCAACCCAGAGCUGGGUGGUGAUUGCUCUGCUACUCUUGAGUUGGUUAAUCAGAUUGAUACUGUUACAGAUGCCAGUAAAGUAUCUGAGAAAGGUAUAGGUUACAAUGUCUUCACCAUACAAGCUGAUCCCCUAAAUAAUCCUCUGGUGAAAAGAGGCAGAGGAAGACCUGCCAAAGAGGGUAAGAUUACUGGAGGAGCCUCAAAAAAAAAAUUCAAUGUCCUCAACUCCUUAGAUCCUGACAAUGUACUGGAAAUUCCUACUGUUGAUUCUGGUAGAAAACAGAGAGGAGCUUCUAUGGGAGUUGCUAAGCUUGUUCAAGAGCUAAAAAUGAAGAAGAAAGAGCAUGUGGAUAAUGUUAAGAAACUUGAGGCAAGAGGGGCUCCUUCUUUCUUCACAUCUGCUUCAUCUAUAUUGUCAAGUAAGUUUGGUGACUGGCGGUAUUGCUGCAAUUAUGAUUUUGCUGAAAAUGGACGUAUCUGGGUUCUUUGGCGAAAUGAUGUAGUUUGCUCUAUUAUCUCUUCUUUUGAUCAAAGCAUCACCAUUAAAGGUUGUUUUAAAGAUAUUGAAUUCUUCCUUACUACUGUUUAUGGCUCUAACGAUGGCUCCAUUCGUAAACAUCUUUGGACCCAACUUUGCUCUGUGGAAGCCUCUGUGGGAGAUAGGGCUUGGCUAAUUGGUGGUAACUUUAAUGUCAUCCUCAAUGUAGAGGAAAGUUCUUCACAGAUCAACGCUGGUACUUUGGCUGAUAUGGUCAAUUUUCAAAGUUGUGUGGUGGACUUGGGGCUAACUGAUCAUCCUUACACCGGUCCACUGUUUACCUGGUCCAACAAGCAGCAGGCUACUUACUUAGCGCGCAAGCUGGAUCGGGUUCUCGUAAAUUCGAAUUGGUUUGAAAUUUUUUCUGCCUCUGAUGUUGAGUUUCAGGCUCCUGGAGAUUCUGAUCACUUCCCUAUACUUGUAUGGCUGUAUAAAGAGGUUCCUGCUGCCAAGCCCAAACCGUUUAAAUUUUUUAAUUUUUGGGCUAUGCAUCCUGAUUUCAUGUCCUUAGUCAAGGACUCUUGGCAAGACCUAGUUAAUGCAAAUCCUGCUCAAACUCUCUUCCUCAAGCUCAAGAGGCUGAAAAUGCAUCUUAAGGAGCCUAAUAGAAAUAGCUUCAAUGACUUAUCUGGGCAAGUUAGGGAGAAAAGAGAUAAGUUGAAGACCCUCCAACUUGCUAAUCUUACUCCUGCUGCUGCUGGAUGA